AUGGAAAACUCUGGUUUCAUUGUAUCAUUGCUUGCUGGAGCAGCCGCUGGGACGUCAACUGAUAUAGUUUUCUUCCCCAUUGAUACUCUGAAGACCCGUCUUCAAGCUGCAGGUGGAUUUUUCGCCAAUGGUGGUUACCGAGGAGUAUACAGAGGUUUAGGCAGCGCAGUUGUAGCUAGUGCGCCUGGAGCCUCGCUGUUUUUUGUCACUUACGAUUCCAUGAAGGCGUACGUUCGGCCUUACAUGGGCAAAGUGUUUACAUCUAGUGCGCAAACGGCUGACACUGUGACGCAUAUGGUGUCGUCGUCGAUUGGUGAAAUUGCAGCUUGUAUGGUACGAGUGCCAGCUGAGGUUAUCAAGCAACGUACGCAAACACACAAGUCGGAUUCGUCUUUUCAGACCCUCUCCAGGCUUUUGAGAAACGAAAACGGUGAAGGGAUCCGGAAGAACCUAUAUCGCGGAUGGUCAACGACAAUCAUGCGAGAAAUCCCGUUCACAUGCGUCCAAUUCCCUCUGUAUGAAUAUUUGAAAAAGACCUGGGCGCAGGCGCAGAGUCGGACCCAUGUGGCGCCUUGGCAAGGAUCCCUCUGUGGUUGUUUCGCAGGCGGUGUCGCGGCUGCCGCGACAACUCCAUUAGACGUGCUGAAAACGAGACUCAUGCUCCACGAGAGAUCCAUACCUGUAGGCCAGCUUGCAAGAUCCAUAUAUCGCGAAGAGGGAUGGAAAGUCUUUUUCAGAGGAAUUGGGCCGCGUACCAUGUGGAUAAGUGCUGGAGGCGCCGUUUUCUUGGGAGUGUACGAGACAAUGCAUUCAGUGCUCUCAAGCACAUAA